UUGGUGUUUUGCUUUUAAUCUUCCACCCGCAUCAGUUUAACACUCUUCACUUGUAUUUCAGCUUAGAUAGACUGUAGUUUCCAUGAUCUCUUAUUUUGUAUCAUUGAAUUUCAAAGAAGCCAAAAUCCAAGACCCCAAUGAAUUUUGCGGGUUUAUGAUCUUAGAAUGUGGAUUUGUGAUUGAUAAUGCAAAUGGGUUUAAUGGGUUUGUUGUGAAUUUCACUUCCCAAUGACUGUGUGAUUAUGAAGUGUGAUGAUCUUAGUUAAAGGUUGUGGCUUUAAGUUAAUAUGUCCAAAUGUGCCGUCUUUAAUCCCAUAUAAGCUCAAAAUGUGGUGCCUUUCUGAUUCGUUGGACCCAUAUACGGCUCACUAGACGAUGUAAGACAUAAUUUUGAGCUUUGAUUUCUAGUUUUCAGUUUCCACAUUUUGCUUGUAAUUUGUUUUCAAAUGCAUUUGGUUAUCUUGCAAUUGCAACUGUUUCUUGUUGCUUACGACUGCUGCAGAAUUAGUUUGUGAAACUAGACGUAUUGUAGGCAGAGAUACUGAGGUCAGAAUGAAGUCUAAGAAGACAGUUUUUGUAACUGUUGGAACAACUAGUUUUGAUGCUCUGGUGAAAGCGGUGGAUACACGAGAGGUUAAACUCGAGCUGUCAAGAAGAGGGUACACUGAUAUUCUUAUUCAAAUGGGCCGUGGCUCCUAUAUUCCCUCAAAGUCUGAAGGAAGCGAUGACUCCAUUGCAGUAGAUUACUUCACUUUUUCAUCAAGCAUUGCAGACCAUCUAAGAGCAGCAUCUCUUGUCAUUAGCCAUGCAGGGUCAGGAAGCAUAUUUGAGUCAUUGCGACUUGGGAAGCCCUUAAUUGUUGUGGUUAAUGAAGAUUUGAUGGACAACCAUCAAAGUGAGUUGGCGGAAGAACUAGCAGACAGGAAGCAUCUGUAUUAUGCUCGCCCACAGACCCUUCAACACACUAUUGCAGAUAUGAAAGUGGAGUCCCUCAUUCCAUACCAUCCAGGUGAUGCCACACCUGUAGCCAAGCUUAUUAGACUUGAAAGAUGAAGGGACAAGUUCCCAGCUCUGAGAGUGAUGCGGCACUGCAUAUACUGCAGGAGGUGAUCAGUGUAAAUUAAAUUUCUCUCUCAGUUGUUAAGGGUAAACGAAACGAAUAUCUGUCACAUGAUAAUGUUUUUCAUCUGUUUUGAACUCUUUUUAUGAUGUCAUUCGAGGAUAUCAUGUUGUGACUUGUAGCUGGGGGAAGUGAGGACUGAAGUUUUUGGAUCAGUAAAUUUCUUAGUUUUACCUACUGUACCAGCUCUAUGAAAGAGUGAAAAUUGAAUGGAAUUAAAAGGAUUAUUGGACCUAUGGAGCUUUUAGUGGUAUGCAAUAGUACAGUACUGUCUCUUCAUAUUCUCCUUGUUUUCUGGGUUCAGCCUGCUAUUUUGAUGUUAAAUGUUUUAGUGGCCAUUAUAAACUUCAUGCCCAAUUGGUG